AUGGCUGCCGCACCCACACCCGCACCCACCAUCCUCCCUGCCGUAGCCGCUGCUGCGCCGCACAUGAUUGCUCUCCGCCGUGACCUCCAUGCCCACCCCGAGCUGGCCUUUGAAGAGACGGCCACCGCCGCACGGGUGGUUGACGAGCUUGCGGCCCACCCGGCGGUCUCCAUCGAGUCCGGCGUGGCCGGCACCGGCGUCGUUGCCCGCAUCACGCUCGGCUCCGGCGCCGGGUGCCACAUUGCCUUGCGCGCAGACAUGGACGCGCUUCCGGUGCGUGAGGCCUCGGACGCCCCGUACGCCUCGCAGAUCGAUGGCGUCUCGCACGCCUGCGGCCACGACGGCCACGUCGCCAUCCUCGUCACCGUCGCCUCCAUCCUCGCCGCCGCCGCAGACGGCUCUGUCCCAGAGCUGGCCGGCUUGGACGGCACUGUCACCUGCAUCUUCCAGCCCGCCGAAGAGGCCGGCGGUGGCGCCAGCUGCAUGAUUGAGGCCGAAGCCGCUGGCACCGUCACCCAUGGCCUCAUUGCGGACGUCGACUCCAUCUACGGCCUGCAUUUGUGGAACUACCAGGCUCUUGGCACCGUCGGCGUUGCUUCCGGACCGGUUAUGGCCAACUCGGACAAGUUUGAUAUUGCUGUUGUCGGCUCGGGCGGCCACGGCGCAACUCCGCAUUCGGCCGUCGACGCCGUCGUCGUCGCCGGCUCUCUCAUCACCGCUCUCCAGACUGUUGUUGCCCGCAGCGUCGACCCACUAGCUUCGGCAGUCCUCUCGCUCGGUUUUGUUCGCGGUGGUUAUGCUCACAAUGUCAUCGCCGACCGCGUCGAGCUCGGUGGCACCGUCCGCGCCCUCGAUGACUCUGUCCGCGACACUGUUGCUGCGCGUAUCCGCUCGGUCUGCAACGGCGUUGCGUCGACUUUCGGUGCCACCAUCGACUGCACCUACACUCACGGCUAUCCGGCCACUGUCAACGCGCCGGAGCCGACUAAGCUUGUUGCUGCCGCCGCCAAAGACGUGGUCGGCUCAGCCGGCGUCACCGAUCCGUACCGUACCCUCUGCGGCGAGGACUUUGCUUACUUUACCCCCGUCGUUUGA